UGGAAGCAUGGAUCCCGGUGUAAUUCGCAAGCUUGACCAAGUGGUGGUAAACCGCAUCGCGGCCGGGGAAAUUAUUCAACGACCGGCAAAUGCACUGAAGGAAAUGAUGGAAAACAGCCUCGAUGCGAAGGCGACAAGCAUACAGAUCACGGUCAAGGCUGGUGGACUACGUUCGCUGCAGAUACAGGACAACGGGACUGGCAUUCGACGCGAGGAUCUCGAGAUCGUGUGCGAACGGUUUACCACCUCGAAACUGCAAGCGUUCGAGGAUCUUUCGUCGAUCAGCACGUACGGGUUCCGCGGGGAAGCACUGGCGAGUAUCAGCCAUGUGGCGCACCUGACGAUAGUGACGAAAACGAAGAGCGAAAAGUGUGCCUACAAGGCAAGCUACGAGGAUGGAAAGCUAAAGGGCGAUAUUAAACCUAUCGCCGGGAACCAGGGAACGCAGAUAACGGUUGAAGAGCUGUUCUACAACGUGCCAAUGCGCAAGCAGGCCUUGAAAACUCCCAAUGAAGAAUUUCAGCGCAUCUCGGACGUCGUGAGCAAGUAUGCGGUGCACAAUCCGCAGGUUUGCUUCAUACUGAAGAAGUUCGGCGAAUCAGCCUCAAUUCGCACGCCGCCAAAAUCCACCACGGCCAACAAUAUCAGCACAAUCUAUGGCGCUGCAAUUGGCAAAGCGUUGAUCCCAAUCGAGGUGAAAGAUGACGUUCUUCAGCUCUCCGUCGAUGGAUACGUGACGAAUGUGAAUUUUUCGCUGAAGAAAGGAAUUUGUCUGAUGUUCAUCAACCAUCGAGCGGUGGAGUGCAGCGCGCUGAAAAAAGCGAUCGACGCCAUCUACUCGGUGUACCUUCCGAAGGGAAGUGCCCCGUUUGUAUAUCUUUCACUCGAGCUGAACCCGCACAACGUGGACGUGAACGUGCACCCGACUAAGCACGAGGUUCACUUCCUGCACGAGGAAGAAAUCAUUGAGAAAGUGAAGCUGCUCGUCGAGCGGGCACUGCUCGGUGGCAAUGCGGCAAGAGCGUACACGCAGGCGCUGCUUCCGGGUGCAUCACAACCUCCGGACAGUUCUAAAUUAAACGAAACGCUUCAAGGCGGAGAGGAGAAAUCCCGGCUAGACUAUAAGUACGUACGCACCAGCCAUAGUGAGCAAAAGUUGGAAAAGUUUUUCGGUAUGAGCAGCCAGGCCAACGGAGGGUCACAGGACGUUUCCGAAGAAAAAGUGAAGAAGUUAGUAAUGGCAUCUGAGAGAACCUUUUCAAAGCAAACUAAUCUUACCCCUUUAAUCUUUUCUUCUUUAAGGGAAACAAGGCUUACAAGCAUCCACAACCUACGGCAACGGGUGGAAGCGGACUGUGAUGAAAAUUUACGAAAAAUUUUCCGUGAGCUCACCUUCGUAGGCACGAUCGACCGGGAUCAGGUGCUGAUACAAUACGACACGAAAAUGUUUCUUGCCGCCACACAAAAAUUAGCCGCGGAACUGUUCUAUCAACUUACGGUGUUCAAUUUUGGGAAUUUUGAUCGUCUUACCCUGUCAGAGCCCCUCGAACUGAGACGUUUGGCAUUGCAGGCACUCGCCGAUCCGGAAAGCGGUUACACGGAAGAAGAUGGUCCGGUGGACGAGCUGGCGGAUCGGAUCGUGGAGAUCCUUGUUGAAAAAUCUCCAUUACUGCGAGAGUACUACAAUCUUUCCAUUCGUAAAGAUGGUUUUCUCGAAUCGCUCCCGAUCGUUCUGGAGAAUUACAUUCCAUCGGUGGUGUUUCUGCCGAUGUAUAUCCUUCGACUGGCCACUGAGGUCGAGUGGGACGAGGAGGAGGAGUGCUUCCACACGUUUAGCCGCGAGACGGCAACGUUCUUUUCACGCAUAGCGCUCACCAAACCGGAGAAAGAGUAUCGUUGGGAGAUUGAACACGUGAUCUAUCCGGCCAUACGAACACAUCUUAUGCCGCCUAAGGAGUUCUCGAAAAACGGCUGCUUACUUCAGGUCGCUAACUUACCAGAACUGUAUCGUGUGUUUGAAAGGUGCUAAAAUAAAAAUAACUAUUUCUGUUUUUGUCUA